AUGGCGACCGCGAGGGCGAAGUUCGCCGAUUUCGAGGCUGCUUCGCGCCCGGCGUUCGAGGAAGACCCCGUCGAUGAGAACGGCUUCCCCAUCAUGACCCACAAGGUGGUCCACCGAAUAGUCUACCGGGAGUUUGGCGGGUAUAUCGAACCAUCCAUCAACGACGUCGUGCACCUCGAGAACCGACGGUGGCGAGAGAUUCGAGACCUGAACAAGUACACUGGGGUCACCGUGCUUCACCUGGAGAAUAAUCAGAUCGGCCCCGCCAUUGGCAACGGGUUGGCGCACAUGUCGAAGCUCAAGGCUCUGUACCUGCAGUGUAAUAUGGUCAAGCAGGUCGACUCGCUCGCGGCGAAUCAGAAACUCACCCUGCUGAACGUGGCGACCAACCAGAUAUCGGGGUUCGCGGAGGGCGGCUUACCCCACAGCCUGAACACCCUGCUCGUGUCCGCCAACAACAUCUCCACCGCCGCCGCGCUCGCCCCCCUCGCCUCGCUCCCAAACCUCGAGGUCUUGGACCUCUCGAGAAACAAUCUCGAGGGCGGCGACGAGGCUUUCGAGUUGUUCGCGCGCAUGCCCGCGUUGCGCGUCCUCUACUUACAGCACAACCCCAUGCAGAAGACGGAGUACUAUCGCCGCAGGCUGGUCUCGGGGUGUCGCCGUCUCACCUACCUGGACGACACCCCCGUGGAGACGGCGGAGCGGGUGGGAGCCGAGGCGUGGGCGGCGAGCGGAGGUUCCUUCGACGCCGAGCGAACGGCGAGGCGCAAGCUCGUCGAGGACAGGCGCGCGGCGGCGAAGGCGGCGACGCGGCGGAUGGCGGCCGAACGCGCCGCGCGCCGCGCCGCCGCGAACCUCGGCUCGGACGACAGCGGCAGGCGGGUGCUCAGCGAGGAGGCGAUGGCGGCGGUGCCGGGGACUGUCACCUUGGACGACGGGUGGGCAAAGGCUCUGGGCGGGGACGAGUGCCCGGUGUGCCAGGCGCGUCUGAAAGCCGGCGAGCGGGCGAUCGCGCUGCAGCAGUGCGGGCACGCGUUCCACCUCGCGUGUCUACGCCCGUGGCUCACGAGAGCGAGCGCGACGUGCCCGCUUUGCAGAGCCGAGGUGGCGACCCCUUCGGCGGCGGCAAUCGCCGCAGCGGCGACGGACAAGAGGGAGGGACGAAACGCGGGGACGAAGGACGAGGCCAACCCCGGCCCAAACGUUGGGACGAAGGACGAGGAGGACACCAAGGACAACGGGGACAUCGUCGAUGAGUCACACACGCGGUGGAUCAAUUACUGCCCGCGGUCGAACUACGUCUUCAGCAACACGACCAACCAGAGCUCGGUGAUGCGGGGCGAAGCGCCGGAGCUUUCGGCGGCGGCGCGCGGGUCCUCGCAAAGAGACGGCGUCGACGACGAGGCUCAGGAUGAGGUGCGGCGCGCGAUACAGACGCAGCUCAGGAAGCGGUUCUCGCAGUCGCACAUAUCGUCCGAGCGGAAAAAGUCCGAGGCUGAUCAGUCGCACUCGCUCGACGCCUUCGCCAGGCUCAGGGCGGAGAGGGCCGAGGCGAGGUUGAGGGAGAGAGAAGUCGAGCGGUCCGGCACGGACGCGGGUGAGGAGGGCGCCGCGGGGGACGGCGUCGAGGCGGAUUCGAUGAGCGUGGAGGAGCGCAUCGCCCUGGCGCAGAAAUUAGCAGCCGGGGACGGUGACGGCGACUCGAAGCCGUCGACGUAG